UUCAAGAGGAUGCUGAACCGGGAGCUCACCCACCUGUCCGAGAUGAGCCGCUCCGGCAACCAAGUGUCCGAGUACAUUUCCAACACCUUCCUGGACAAGCAGAACGAUGUGGAGAUCCCUUCUCCCACCCAGAAGGACAGGGAGAAGAAGAAAAAACAGCAGCUCAUGACACAGAUCAGUGGGGUGAAGAAACUGAUGCACAGCUCGAGCUUGAACAACACCAGCAUCUCACGGUUUGGGGUGAAGACAGAGAAGGAGGAUCACCUGGCCAAGGAACUGGAAGACCUGAACAAGUGGGGCCUCAACAUCUUCAACGUGGCCAGGUAUUCCCACAACCGGCCGCUGACGUGCAUCAUGUACGCCAUAUUCCAGGAGCGGGACCUGCUGAAAACCUUCAAGAUCUCGUCGGACACGUUCGUGACGUACAUGAUGACCCUGGAGGACCACUACCACUCCGACGUGGCCUACCACAACAGCCUGCACGCUGCUGACGUGGCCCAGUCCACCCAUGUGCUGCUCUCCACCCCUGCCCUGGAUGCUGUCUUCACGGAUCUGGAGAUCCUCGCUGCCAUUUUUGCAGCUGCAAUCCAUGAUGUGGAUCACCCCGGGGUCUCCAAUCAAUUCCUGAUUAACACAAAUUCCGAGCUGGCCCUGAUGUACAACGACGAAUCUGUGCUGGAGAACCAUCACCUGGCCGUGGGCUUCAAACUGCUCCAGGAGGAGCACUGUGACAUCUUCCAGAACCUGACCAAGAAGCAGCGCCAGACGCUCAGGAAGAUGGUGAUUGACAUGGUGUUAGCCACUGACAUGUCCAAGCACAUGAGCUUGUUGGCUGAUCUGAAGACUAUGGUGGAAACGAAGAAGGUGACCAGUUCAGGAGUUCUCCUUCUGGACAACUACACGGACAGAAUACAGGUUCUCCGGAACAUGGUGCAUUGUGCAGACCUGAGCAACCCCACCAAGUCCCUGGAGCUCUACCGGCAGUGGACAGACAGGAUCAUGGAGGAGUUCUUCCAGCAGGGGGACAAGGAGAGGGAGAGAGGCAUGGAGAUCAGCCCCAUGUGUGACAAACACACGGCCUCCGUGGAAAAAUCCCAGGUGGGAUUCAUCGACUACAUCGUCCAUCCUCUGUGGGAGACGUGGGCUGACCUGGUGCAGCCCGACGCCCAGGACAUCCUGGACACUCUGGAGGACAACAGGAACUGGUACCAGAGCAUGAUACCUCAGAGCCCAUCCCCUCCCCUGGAGGAGCGGGGCCAGGACUGCCAGGGCCUGAUGGAGAAGUUCCAGUUUGAACUGACGCUGGAGGAGGAGGAUUCCGACGGGCCCGAGAAGGACGGCGAGAGCCUCGGCUACUUCAGCAAUACAGAGACGCUGUGCGUGGCCCAGCCCGGGGAGGAGGAGCCCCAGAGGGAGGCCACCAUCGAGAUUGUGACAGAAGACACAUCUCCUGUGGACACAUAAUGGCCCGGCCCCGCGGGAGUGGCUUUUAAACACUUGCGGAGCUUGCGAGCGGUCUCCGACGGCCUCCGCAGCGGGGCUGAGCCUCUGCCACGGGGCUGGCAGAUCCUCCAGCUACUUGAGAUUGGAGUCAGGGUUACAGAUGGGGUAGGGAGUGAUUGCUCAGGAAAUGCACGGGUGAUUUGCGUUGUGGUUUGAGCCUCGUCAGCCGAGAGCACCGCGUGGGCCUGGAGCUGGCUUGGGUCGGGCCGAGGCGGCGCUGACACACAACUGAGAGAUUUUAUACUGUUAGUUUUGGAGUUUAUACCAGUUAGACUGAUAGAAACUACUGAUCAAUAACUCAUAUCCAACCUGUCCACCUGUCUGCAGACCUGUGUGCCUUCUUUGUAAACACUUUCAUGUCUUUUCAAGAGUCUCUUAAUCCAACACACGGAGCUUGGUAGUUCAAAAGCGACACAAGGUGUUUCGGAAUUGACGGCUACUUUUUGGAUUCUUCCUGUUACCAGAAGCAGUCUUCCUUUUUUUUUGUGGGCAAUACCUGUCACUUUAUUGCAGUUAAUCACUUUGACAGACUAAACAGAAGGGGAAACCCUCUGCUUUGCAUUACUGCACCUUCAGUGUGUUCUAAUCCCCCCGGUGACCCGUUGGGAGUCACUCGGUGCCGCCGGGCGCCGUUCCCUCGCUGGCAACAGCGGGAGUUUUUUUCCUCCCCGGGGUUUGGGUUUGUGGUGAGCAGGACAGAGGGCAGGUUUUCUUCCCUGGCACAGCUCGGUCCAUCCCUGAGCAAGCGCGGCAAGGCAGUGUGUGUGACACGCCUUCCCCCUCGGCAGCUCCCUGGAAUUUGCACGCUCGGAUCUUUGUGUUUCUCUGGCCUCUCGUCCACCUUCCCUAGGUUUAGGUCCACCAUCCUCCUCCUCCUCCUGCACUGCCUCGAGCUCUACCACCUCCAUUACUGUUUAUAACAGUGUAUUUAUUACCUACUGUACAUACUGUAAUGUUUUGUAAGUUAUUAAUUUAUAUGAAUUAGCAUCGCCUGUCGGCGGCGAUGUUAAUGGGGUAGAAAACUCGGAAUAAGAGUUGCCUUUUUUUUCUUGUAACCUUUUGUAUUGCAUAAAGUCCAAGAACCUGAACAUAGCUGAAGAGACAGACACAACCCAGGAAGGGCAUUCGGGUGGCAGCCGCCCGCGGGGAGGGGACACCGCAUCCCAGGGCAGCGGAUUUGGGAAUCUGCCAGGAACGCAGAGAGGGGGAACCCAACAAAGAACUCCCCGCGCCCGGGCCGGCUUUUCAAUGUCACAAUGUUCCAAUUUCCGAACAACCCAAUGUGAAUCUCUAUGACAAAACAAAAAUGUGAACUGAUGUAAUAAUUGUGCUGUGAAACUUCCUCUGACAAAGCUUGUCCGGCAUCGUGAGCGGUGUCAAUCUCAGUUUGUAAAAUAUGUUUCAAGCUUUUUGGUCCAACUCGUGACUAAUUAGUUCAUGACAAUAGCACAGUUGUGCAUGAUCAAUGGGUUUGUUUGUCUGUUGAACACUGCAUUGUUCCAGGUGGUUAUUUUAUUGUUCCCCAAAGUUUCACACUAUGUAUGUUAUAGUAUUCUAUAUUGUGUUCAGACGCAUUCUUAAGAGAUUUUUAUAUGAAGUGAAUAAAUGAAAGCAUGACCCAGC